CCUCUUUGGGCUCUAAGGAGCAGAGUCGCGCGCUCCUAGGACCUCUGGGAGGACCAGGAUGGGCGCCUACAAGUAUGUCGAAGAGCUGUGGAAGAAGAAGCAGAGCGAUGUGCUCCGCUUCCUGCUGCGCGUGCGGUGCUGGGAGUUCAGGCAGCUGCCCGGCAUUGUGCGCCUGACGCGGCCCAGCCGCCCCGACAAGGCCCGCCGCAUGGGCUUCAAGGCCAAGCAGGGCUACGUGGUGUAUAGGGUCCGCGUGCGCCGCGGUGGCCGCAAGAAGCCUGUGUCCAAGGGCAUUGUGUACGGCAAGCCGGUGCACCAGGGUGUGACGCAGCUGAAGCCCACCCGCAACCUGCAGAACAUUGCAGAGGAGCGGGUGGGCCGUAAGUGCGGCGGCCUGCGUGUGCUGAACAGCUACUGGGUCAACCAGGACGCGGUGUACAAGUACUUUGAGGUGAUCCUGGUGGACCCCGCGCACAAGGCCAUCCGCAAGGACGCCCGUGUCAACUGGAUCUGCAACCCCGUGCACAAGCACCGCGAGCAGCGCGGCCUGACCAGCGCCGGCAAGAAGUACCGCGGCCUGGUGGGCAAGGGCCACCUCCACCACAAGGCCCGCCCCAGCCGCCGCGCCGUGUGGCGCAAGAACAACUCCAUUGUCCUGCGCCGCUACCGCUAGGCGGCGGCGCGCAGGGAGGCGUCCACGGCCCUGCGCGGCCUCGGUGGCGGCACCGCGGCGGCGUGGGUGCUGCUGGCGUUGGAUGGUCGCGGCAGGAUGGAUGUGUUUUCGCGAGGGUGCCACGGUGGCGCCCGCGACGCCAGGCCGUGCGUGCCUGCUGCCGUGGCAGCGACUCGGGGCCCGCUGUCUCGUUAUUGCAGAGUGCUUCAUGUAACAGCGGGCCUGCUGC